GUCCGUCUAAAUAUCAAGACAAAGAAUAAAGUUAAUUUUGUCGGUUUUCAGAUUGGCGGUCAUGACCGAUCAAAGCGGAUUUUCUGGAUUGAUGGUGGAAUCCAUGCACGUGAAUGGGCCGCACCGCAUACCGCGUUAUACUUCAUCCAUCAGCUUACUUCACGUCAUGACAGCGAUCCUGCCAUUAAAAGCCUGCUCGAAGAAAUCACAUUCGUCAUAGUGCCAUGUGUGAAUCCGGAUGGAUACGAGUUCACGCGCUCCUCAACGAACCCUCACAUUCGUCUGUGGCGAAAAAAUCGCUCCCAAAUGCAAUGUCGUAAAGACGGCUGGGGACGGAAUCGGUGCUGCCGUGGCGUAGAUCUAAAUCGGAAUUUCGAUUUUCCAUUUCAAAGCGGCUCAAGUGACGAUCCAUGUUCAGAAAUCUACCAGGGCACCGGUGCUUUCAGUGAACCGGAAACAAAGGCAAUACGUGAUGCAAUCAUGUCACGACGUUAUCGAGGCCGUGUUGACGCCUUCAUCACUCUCCAUACUUAUUCGCAGAUUUGGAUCCAUCCUUAUGGUCAUCGUAAGGACAGCUAUCCUGGUGAUAUUCAAGAACUGGUGAGUGUUGCUUGUUGGACACCUGGGCUUACACGGGGAGGGUCUUCCAGGUUGUGA